UUAAUGUUUACUGAGUUAUAUCUUGUUGCAGUGGCACAUGCAUAAACUCUAAUUACACUGUUUUUUUUAACGAUGAGAAAACUUCAAGUUCAUAAGAGACCGGCAGACCAGGCUCAUCGUACGUUUGUUAUUUAUAUCGUAAAAAGAACGUAAAUAAAACGUGUCCGUUCAAAAUGCCGCCUAAAAAGCAAAAGAGCUACAUCGUUUUGGUAUCGAAUGUUGGUCGCUCUAGCUCGGAAAUAAUUCCAGAAGAUAAUGAGAGUUUUUUAGAUAAAGCUAAAUAUGCAAUGAAAAUGUUGAUACAAAAAAAAAUUUUUUUAGAGCCGAAUGAUGAAUGUGGUAUUAUAACAAUGGGUGAGGAUGUCACUGAAAACCCGGGACAACUUCCAAAUGUAAAAUUGUAUCAAGAACAUUUUUGUGUUCCUGACUGGGAAAUGGUAAAUUACGUAGAUAGCUUAAAAAGUAAACCAUAUGAUUGUAAUUGGAUUGAUGCUUUAUUUGUUGGCUUAGAUCUAAUAAAAAGAAAAGUGACUGAUCCUGACGCUAAAUGUAUCCUUAUUAUAUUUAACAAUUUCAAAGAGAAUGAUGAAUCAAUUGAAUCAAAUGUCAAAUCAAACAUCAAGGAAAUAGAAAAGCGAUUACUUGAAUUUGAACAACUACAUGUCAUAUUGGUAGGAGAAAAUCCGCUAAAUAAUAAUGAUGAUUGUGAAGACCAAAACUCUGCGAGUGAGAAAAUGGCAAAAGCUUUAGUAACACAGUAUGCAUCUGUACAAUAUAAAGAGAUAAAUUUUAUGAAAGAGGAUCUUCGCUUUUUUAUACCUACACAAAAUCAUCCAGCAACGUAUAAGUUUCCAUUAGAAUGGGAUGAAAUUGUAAUGAGUUGUGCUUCAUAUAUAAAGAUAACUGAAUACAAAAAAUUAGAAACAUGGAAAAUGCAUGCAUUAGUAGAAAAUUUUGCAGAAGAACCAAAAAAAGAAUAUCUUCAUAAAGAAGUCACAACAUCAGAUAAAACUAGGAAUCAAGUGGAAUCUGAUGAAUUGGUGAACGCAUACAAGUUUGGUCAAAAAUAUAUACCAGUCUCAGAUGAUGAUGAAAUGCAAAUGGUAUUUAAAGGAACUGAAAAGGGAAUGAAAAUUUAUGGUUUUGCACCACAAAAAGAUAUUAAACUUGAAUAUUGGACUGGAAUUGGAACAAGAAUUAUUGUUCCAGAAACUAAAGAUGACGCAAAAGCAUUUUACAGUUUUGUAACAGCAAUGGUUAAAAAUAAUUAUGUAGCAAUUGUACGUAAAGUUCAUGAAAAAGGUAACGCUCCAAGAAUGGGUGUACUUUUUCCAAAAAUUCAACCAGAUUCUAUUUGGUGCCUUGUUCAUUUAGAAUUGCCUUUUGGGCAUGAUACCAGAGUAAUUGAACCAAAUUAUGUAAAGAAUGAAGCAAACUCAGAAAAAAUAAAAGCUAUGGAUCAAUUUAUUGACUCGAUGACAAUAACUGAACAAGAACCAACGUAUUUAAGAGAAGGUAUAUUUCCAAAUGUUCAUAAACAAUAUCAUUGGAAUACCGUUGCAGCUCGAGCUUUAAAUGCUGAUGAUGCAUUUUUAGUGGAUGAUUAUAUUAAAAAGAUUUUGGAACCUCCCACGACAUUAAAGAAUCAAUUUUUAGAAAUCGUUGAUUCCAUGGAAUCAGUAUUUCCAAAUUGUGGUAAAAUUGAAAAAAAAAGUGACAAUCCUUGUCAGAUAGAAGAUAAAGAAACGGAGGUUCGACAACAACAACAACAAGUUGAUGUAAUGAAAGAAGAAGUUGUAUUUUCUGACGCUAAUAUAGAACUAAAAUCGGAAGAUUUUGAUGAAUUUUAAUCUUGCUGGACGAGAACCAUCGUGUGAUAUAUUGACGCGUGGAGGUCGCUAAUCGUGUCGUCUUCCCGAAUUUAAUAAAGUAAAAAUUUAUAUUGCAAUUUAUUUAAAAAAAGUAAUACAUUAUAUUUCAAGUUGUUAAACUUUGUAUGUUGCUGUGAUGUUGUGAGCAAAAAUUAUUUUUAAAUAAUAAAUAGUUGAACUUCAA